AUGUUGAUUAAUUUUUUGUUCUUAACAAUUUUGGUUUGUCCUUCUGUUGCAAAGACUAAUAAAACGUGUGAAGAAAAGAAAAUAUGCCAACCUGGAUUAUUCUUGCCUCUUUGGUAUCCUCAGGAGAAUCUUCCUAUAACAACGAUAGCUAUGCGUGCCAUCGUUUAUUUUUUUGCGCUCUGUUAUAUGUUUCUGGGUGUUUCGAUUGUUGCGGAACGUUUUAUGGCCUCUAUUGAGGUAAUAACAUCUCAGAAUAAAGAAGUGAAAUUAAGACGAAUCACUGGUGAACCGUAUACCAUUCUAAUACGUGUUUGGAACGAAACAGUCAGCAAUUUAAGUCUUAUGGCUUUAGGUUCAAGCGCUCCAGAAAUAUUACUUUCAGUAAUCGAAAUAAUCGGAAAUAAUUUUCAAGCUGGUGAUCUGGGCCCAAGCACUAUUAUUGGUUCGGCCGCUUUUAAUUUAUUUGUUAUUGUGGCGAUUUGCAUUUACUCAAUUCCUAAUGCAGAAAAACGAAGAAUAAAAAAUAAUAGCGUAUUUUUGGUGACUGUACUGUGGUCCACAUUCGCCUAUAUUUGGCUUUAUCUCAUAAUUUCAGUGUUCUCACCUGGAGUUAUACAGGUCUGGGAAGGUGUUUUAACAUUUCUCUAUUUCCCGUUAACAGUGCUUUCGGCAUACAUUGCAGACAAAUACACAGGUGCAUUUGGUAAACGAUUUGUUAAUAUUACAAGAUUUCGGCAAAUUCGACGACCCGUUGAACUAAAUAUGAAAAGUCGAACUGGUGAUGGCCUCAGAAGAGGAAAACAACGCGAUUUAUUAACGUCGUCACAUCUUCCAGAAGAAGUCGUUGCCUUUGAACAGCAGCGUCAAAAAUACCUGCAGUUAUUUAGGCAAAUGAGAAAUGAGAAUCCAGACUUGCAACCUGUUCAAUUGGAAAAACUCAUUCUUGAGCGAGUUAUUGCGGAAAAGCCAAAGAGUCGAGCUUUUUACAGAGUACAAGUAACAUUUACUACCAACAUUCGACAAAUCUACAGAAAAACACGCUUAUUUUUGAUUUGCAGCUUUAAACCAAAUAAUUACGUUUGCAUGGAAAAUGUUGGCACAAUAUCAGUGAAUGUGGUUUGCGAUCGUGGUGGUUUUGAUCAACCGAUUGUCGUAACAGCAAACUACAAAACGAUAGCCGGCACAGCGAAAGAACACGAAGAUUUUGUACCAGUAAGUGGUGUCCUACGACUCGAUCCGGAUCAAACCGAACAGCAGAUUCAUAUUCAAAUUGUGGAUAACGAAAUUUACGAAGAUGACGAAUAUUUUUCAGUUUUUUUGUCAGGAAUACGAGCUUAUAGAGCUGAUGACCCUACUUCAAAGAUACCGGCUCGACUUGGUGGAGUAGCUCUUGCUACUGUAUUAAUCGUCGAUGAUGAUCAUGCCGGCGUAUUCGGUUUCAGUUCAGAAAAAUUCAAAAUUUCUGAAAAUAGUGGGGUUUUUACUGCUCAGAUACUGCGAACUCGCGGAGCCAGAGGAGAAGUCUCAAUUCCUUACAAAACAACUGAUGGAUUGGCCAAAGCUGGCAGAGAUUAUGUUGCAGUUGAUGAAGUAUUGAAAUUUCAAGAUGGACAAACAAAAGCUGAAAUAGAAAUCCAAAUAGUAAACGAUGAUGAAUAUGAAAAAAAUGAGGAUUUUUAUUUGGAACUUGGUGAGCCAAUUUGGCACCGAGAAGGAUUAACGUGUUUUGAAACUGAAAAAGGAAAGCCCGUUCUAUCUAGACAUCAUCGUUGUAAAGUUGUGAUCACUGAGGACCGUGAGUUCAAGAGUUUUAUAGAUAAAAUGAUUGCUAAUGCAAGUAAUUCAUUUAUGAUUGGUACAGAUAGUUGGAAACAGCAAUUUUCUGAUGCAUUGCAAGUCGAAAUCGAUAAUGGUCGGGUCUUGUCAGUUUUAUCGAUUCCUUGGCGAUUUGUAUUCGCAGUUAUUCCUCCUACAGAUUAUGCAAAUGGUUGGCUAUGUUUUGCUAUUGCUAUCAUAAUGAUUGGGUUUUUAACUGCGAUUAUUGGUGAUUUGGCUUCACAUUUUGGUUGCAUAGUGAAUUUGAAAGAUUCAGUGACCGCAAUUUCAUUGGUGGCUAUGGGUACGAGUAUACCAGAUAUGUUUGCGUCUCGAACUGCAGCUAUUCAUGAUAAAUGGGCUGAUUCCUCAAUCGUUAACGUAACCGGUUCAAAUGCAGUUAAUGUUUUCCUCGGAAUCGGCUUUGGUAUAUCGUUUGAUUAUUUAAUGGCAAAAAUGGAAUUUCAUACACUUGCGUUUAGCCUCAAAAUUCCUAUUGGCCACGAUAUUAACAAAAUGUAUGCAUAA